AUGAAGAAACGGAAUCAGAAUCAAUCUUGGGUCCCAUUGCAAGACCCCAAUUCGAAACCGCAUCAACAUCUGGCAUUGGAGCAAAACUUCCAAGAUUUAGAAAACAUGAUAAAUUCUAUAGUCACACCAUCGGAAGAACCCUACGAAGAACAAGAAGUACAAUCAGAAAUAUCAAAUUCCACGAGUUUUAGAACACCCCCGCCUAAUGAUUUUGAUAAAGGGUUUCCAGGAAGACUGGAGCGGAAGCUAUGGGAACUGCCGCCACCGGAGUAUGGUGGUGCCACUAGUGGAGGGUUGUUGAGAAGUGACUCGCAGUCAUCUCUUGGAAGUACUUUAUUGGACGAGGUAAAUGCUCGGAAGGGUAAAACAUCUGGAGAAGAAGAUAUUCCUAGUGUAGAUACAUUUGUUGCAGGAUUGAAGAAAACGGCAAAACUUCAGUAUGACCAGAAGCAUGUUUGGACGAUUGAGCUCAGAUUACUUCAUCUACAUGGUAGAUUGAUUGACUGCAUGUUAUUAAUGUAUCCAGGCUGAGGACGAAAUUGGGAUUAACAUAAAGUAUGCCAUGAGAGCUCUUAGAAAGCAUCAUCUUGAGUUUCAUAUUUAUAACAUCAGUUGCAUAAUUGAAUAAAAAAACCAAAGUUGGAACAAGUAGCUUCUUUCAAAGCUUAAUGAACCUCAAUUGUCUGAUCAACUAACAACUGUACGCUUUCAAGAAGCUAUGCCAACAAUUCAACAAUAAGUUUUAAAUGAUGAAACUUGUGCUCUUAAGGUGGAGUUAUCAAGAUUUCUUGAUAUUGCGAUAGGCUCAGCAAAUUAAGUGUUUGUAUGACCAGGUGAUUGAAGUAACAAAGAAUGUUGAGAUGGGUAAUAAGGAGCUAACUCAAGCCAUACAGAGGAGCAACAAGAGGAACAACAAUUGCAGAAUUUUUCUCUUACUUUUCAUUGUUUUUACUUUUACUAUUUUUUUUCUUGAUUGUUAUAAUUAAUUAACACUUAAAUCGAUGGACUCAUCAUUUAACUUACAAAGUAUGUUAUUUAUUUAUUUAUUUAUUUUAUUUGCAAUUUUAAGAGCUCAAAAUGUAUAUUGAUCCCAUUGUAGAUAGUUUUAGGUUUGAAG